UGCUCACUCGUACCUGUUCGCUCGCUCGGUGUGUGCUCGGACAGCGCUCGGCUCCGUGUGAGGCCAGCUCACACCACCUGACCACGUGCCCACAACUCCCCCCUGCACCCACCAAAAAAAAACCCACCCCACCCCACCCACAACGUCCACGACAUCCACAAUGUCCACAAUGUCCCAAACCCACCCAUCCCACCCGCCCUCCCAACCGCACGCCCACGCCCACGCACACCCCCACGCACACGCACACGCACACGCACACGCGCACACGCACCCCGUCCACCAGCCCUCCCUCCCCUCCUUCCCCACGCACGCCUUCCCCCCGCUCGAGAUCACCGCCCUCCCCGCGAGCACCCGCACGUCGUACACCCGCGUCGAGGACGCCCUCACGCGCCCCGGCACCGGCGUCCCCCGCGCCUCGCACGACUCUGACCGCGACCGCGACUCCGACGCGGGUCGAGAGGGUGGUGAUGGUGAUAGCGAUGGCGAUGGCGAUGGUGAUGGUGGUGGGGACGAUGAUGGUGGUGGUGAGGACGAUGGUGGUGGGAAUGGCGGAGGGGGCGAGGCGCCGCAGCAGCAGGAGCCGCAGGAGCCGCAGACGGCGCUCACCUUCCUGCUCGUGUCGGGCCGCCGGCGCAGCAUGACGUUCGCGCUCGAGACGACCGUCGGGCGCGUGAAGGAGCUCGCGUGGAAUACGUGGCCGAACGAGUGGCAGGACGAGCGCCCGCCGGCGCCGUCGUACCUCCGCAUCCUGCACCUCGGC